AUGUCCCUCAGCCCUCCCAUCUACGGCUCGCCUGCAGACAAGCAGCGUGCUGAGCUUGAAGCACUUGGUCAUCGUCGCGCUCCCCAACGUUCAGGUGUCAUGAGUCCAGCUAGGCUAAAAUUGCAGCAUCUUUACGACCAGAGCACGCAAGGACCGAUAAAAAAGGGCUCGCUGAAACCGGCAGAUGCAGCCGGCAGCGUGCCCGAGAAAGGAAAGCCGCGUUUGCUGCUGAUGGGUCAGAGACGGAGCGGAAAGUCGUCCAUCUCGAGUGUGGUCUUCCACAAGCUUGCGCCUAAUGAGACGCUAUUCCUCGAGUCAACCGCGCGGAUACAAAAGGAUACGAUGGCAUCCUUUAUGGACUUUCAAGUAUGGGAUUUCCCCGGACAGAUUGACGUAUUCGACAACCCGAGCUUCGACAUGGAGGCCAUCUUUGGCGAAAUCGGCGCCCUGAUCUGGGUCAUUGAUGCCCAGGACGACUAUCUCGAGGCUGUCGCGCGUCUCAACACCACCAUCCUUUCCCUGCAGCGCACAUAUCCCAACAUCAACAUCGAGGUCUUCAUUCACAAAGUGGACGGCCUGUCGGACGACUACAAGCUCGACAUCCAGCGAGACAUUACCAUUCGCAUCCAGGAUGAGCUGUCUGACCACGGUUUCGAAAACGCCCCGGUUACCUUCCACCUCACCUCCAUCUACAACCACUCCAUCUUUGAGGCCUUUAGCAAAGUCAUCCAGAAGCUCGUCCCCCGCCUGGGAACGCUCGAGUCCAUGCUCACCAACCUGUGCCGAACGUGCCGCUUCGAGAAGGCCUACCUUUUCGACGUGCUGUCCAAGAUUUACAUUGCCACGGAUACCGCGACGGCCGACAUGGCCAGCUACGAGAUUUGCAGCGACUACAUUGACGUGAUUAUCGACAUUACCGAGAUUUACGGCACGUGGCAGCGCAGCGACGACAGCCGAAAGCGCCUCGAGGGCGAGCCCAUCAACACGAAGCUGGAAGACCAGGUCGCGUGCCCGACGGCGGAGAGCUGCCUCGUCUUGCACGAUAGCCAUAAGCCUAUUAUGCUGCGCGAGGUGGAUCGGUAUCUUGCGCUGGUGGCGAUCAUGACGGAUGAUUCGUACGAUAGGAUGCCGCUGGUGAAUAUGAAUGUCGAGGCGGUGGUGGAGGGGCUGACGGAGUUCUUUGACAUUACGAAGCCUAAGAAAUGA